UGCAGUUAGAGGUGGCUGGCCCUGUUUUACAAGGCGCAGCUCUCGCCUCAACACUCAGCCAAGAUACAGACAGUCAUGCGCUGAGGGAAUUCACACUACAUCUGCAAAGGGAUCGACUUUUAGUUUGAACAAACUCUCUUAUUGCAGUGGUUACUUUUCCUUCAAUGGCAUUUCAUAAGGAAGAUAGCCAGGAGGACGCACGAGAGUGUCCAGUGUGCUAUGAGAGUCUGUCGGGCACAGAGAGGACUCUGAGCUGCGGACAUGUAUUCUGCCACGACUGUCUGGUCAAAACGUUGGUCAGCAUCAACAGCAAUGGAAACACUAUCAGAGACACUAUUGUUUGCCCUGUCUGCCGACAUCUUACAUUCAUCAAGAAACAAAAGGAAGCGCUCGUGUCCCUUGCGGCGGACAAGGAUCCAGGUGAAGGGCAGACCCUGGAGGUGCCUGUCCCUCCGCCACCGAGACAGAUCCAGAGCGCACGGCGCCCCUCCAGUUUACCGACAGAAGUUACUUGGAUUUCUCGUUGCUUUAGUGACAUGUCUGAACGAAUCCGUCGACAAAGGUUGAUUAGGCCAAGCCAUAAUGAAUCUCAGAUCUUUAUCAUAAGCGCUCAAGGGCGACCCAUGGCUGAAAACGAUGCGCUCAGUGUCGUGAUGACUGCGGUUCAACCGCAGCGCAGGCGAAGGCGCAAGAUUUGCACAACUGCACGAUGCCUGGUUAUGUUGCUGUCAGCAUUUACUAUACUUGCACUGGUGGCUGCGACUUUACCCUGGAUUUUGUUGGCAUAGCCCAGUGAUGUGGAUGUCUGGAUUAUGAAGUGCCAAUAUAGAAUGAUGAACUGACAUUUUUAGGAAACAUAUUCUCAUCCAAAGACUGAAGUUUAUACCUGCUAUGCAAUGAACUGUGUGAAGAAGUGUAUUUGUCUUAUAGAUCAAAUAAUUUAUUUCAAUAAAUAAUACAAAUAUUGAAAAUGUACAAUAUGGUAACAUUGCAACAUGAUUUUAAGAUGUGAUUAGGUACCGUAAUUUCCUUGAUUUCCUGAUUUUAAAGAAAAGUCUGUGAGUGUAUAGGCAUGCCCUUUGUGUGCAUAACCACGCAACAGUCUAAAGUAAAGUCAAGGAUAAAGCUUUGGCAGAUAAGUCUUUGUGACAUGUUCUACCUGUUUUAUGAAUAGCAAACAUGCAGGGAAAUGUUUCAAUUUGAAAGUGCACCAAAAGUGAAUAAAUCCAACAAGAUUGGACAUUUUGAAACUAUAAUUUCAACAAGGAAAAAAAGGAGUUUGGCAGAAAAAAAUAU